UCUUACAAGUUUUCAAAUUUCUGGCUCUCGGCCGCGUUUCAUGCGUCUCCCCCUCUUUAAGAUUCCUCCAAAAAAAAAAAAAACUUGCACACACUCAAUUUUUUUCCUUAGAUUUUCAUUUUUGUAGUUUUUGAACUUCAGUUUCUCUUAACUUGUUCAAGAUUUUUUCUGCAUUUACGUUUCUGCAGGAGGAAGAGUUGAAAGAAAUUUGCUUCAUCAAGUUAACCUUUUCUUCUUUUAAAGAAUUUUUGGAAGUAUCUUUCUCCAGACAUAUCUGGGCAUAAGCAUGGGUAUAUGACUCGAAAAAAUUUGAACAUAGAUGUGUGAGACAAAUACCCGUGUCCAACACUCGAACCCGAAUUAAAUAAAAUUUGACUUUUUCCUAUCAACUGCUUGUUCAAGUAGCACUUUUUUAACUCAUUAAAAGAAUGUCGGGUUUAAAGAGAUCUCCAUUGAAGACUGUGAAGCUCAAUUCUGUAGAUCCCGGGCGUGUUGCUGCUCAGACCAACCCUUUUGAUUCCGAUGAUGAAUUGGACAACAUGCAAACCCUUAAACCUACCAGAACAACUUCUUCUAAGCUUACCUUGAAUCCUCCAAAUUUCAGGACCAAUCCGUUUGAUGAUGAUGAAGAGAAAGUGAACUCUUCUUCUUCCUCUUCGUAUUGGCAAACUUCGGCAUUGCAGAACAAGUAUAAGAAUGAUUUCCGUGACUGUGGAGGAAUUGAGAACCAACCAGUGCAAGAAUUGGAGAGCUAUGCUGUCUACAAGGCUGAGGAGACUACAAAGACUGUCAAUAACUGUGUGAAGAUUGCAGAAGAAAUGAGAGAAGGUGCCACCAAGACUUUGAUUACCUUACAUCAGCAGGGUGAGCAAAUUACCAGGACACAUGAUGCGGCUGCUGGCAUCGAUCAUGACCUUAGUAUGGGUGAGAAGCUUCUUGGAAGCCUUGGAGGUAUGUUCUCUAAAACUUGGAAGCCAAAGAAGACUCGUGCAAUCAUUGGCCCCAUUGUCACAAGAGAUGAUUCACAAAGAAGGGGUGCCCAUUUGGAUCAAAGGGAGAAGCUUGGAUUGACUCCUGUUCCUCAUGGAGGUUCAAAGUCUCGAACACCACCCCCAGAGCCCACAAAUACAUCUCAAAAAGUUGAGGUUGAAAAAUCAAAGCAAGACAUUGCCCUCUCCGAUUUAAGUGAUCUACUAGGAGAACUGAAGGAUAUGGCCAUUGACAUGGGAUCUGAAAUUGAGAGGCAAAACAAAAGUCUGAAUGGUCUCCAAGAUGAUGUGGAUGAGUUAAAUUUCCGAGUCCGAGGUGCAAACCAACGUGCUCGUCGAUUACUCGGAAAGUAGAUCUUCGUUAUUGAAUAUUUCGAUUUUUGGAUUUGCUUGUUCUUGCUUGCCAUCCUGUCGAAGCCUUCUGUCUAGUGUAAUUCCAUGCGCACAUAACUUGGGCUUUAAGACUAUCACCUGGUUUUUGGUUCUCACAGUCUAUUAAUACAAUCCAGCUCUUUGCUACUUAUUUGCUUUAUCAAUUUUCUCUAUGUUCCAUGACUUGGCAUAUCUCUUUUCAUAAUAGAAUAAAUAUUUAAAGGGUAUUUGGAA